CCCGGCAGCCCCGCAUGCAAAUCGAAGCCGGCACCAGGAAGUGAGCCGCAGGCUGCGAGCCAACCGCCGCCGGCCCUGCGAGGCUCCUCCGCCGGCUGCCCCCCUCUCCCGGCCGGCGGGGCACCAGCGCCGCGCCGCGCCCCGCACGCACAACCGAGGCCGGACCGGCCCAGCCCAGCCCAGCCCAGCCCCGCCGCCCCCGGGACACCCCUUCUCGGCGCCCCGGCGGUAAGCGUGGAGUUCGCUCGCCGCCGCUCAACUUUCGCACCCGGGAAAGAAAUAUGGGAUGUAUAAAAUCAAAAAGGAAAGAGAAUCUGCAUGGAGAUGGGCUAGAUUUGAAGAAUCAACCAGUACGUAAAACUGAACGAACUAUUUAUGUGAGGGAUCCAACGUCCAAUAAACAGCAAAGGCCAGCAAAUCCAGAAGCACAGCUCUUACCAGGACAGAGGUUUGCCGGUGAAGAAACAGAGGAGCAUGGAGUUAUUGUGGUAGCUUUGUAUCCCUAUGAUGGCAUUCAUGAAGAUGACUUGUCCUUCAAAAAAGGAGAAAAAUUGAAAGUUAUUGAGGAGCUGGGAGAAUGGUGGAGAGCAAAAUCUCUCACGACAAGGAAGGAAGGCUUCAUUCCCAGCAACUACGUAGCAAAAGUAAACACCCUGGAAACAGAAGAAUGGUUCUUCAAAGACAUAACCCGAAAAGAUGCCGAAAGACAGCUCCUGGCUCCUGGAAAUAGUCCUGGAGCUUUCCUUAUCAGAGAAAGUGAAACAUUAAAAGGCAGCUAUUCCCUGUCCAUAAGAGACUAUGAUCCACAGCAUGGCGAUGUUAUUAAGCACUACAAAAUCAGGAGUCUAGACAAUGGAGGAUUUUACAUCUCUCCAAGAAUAACUUUUCCCAACAUCAAUGAUAUGAUCAAACAUUAUCAAAAGCAAUCAGAUGGCUUAUGCAGAAAGUUGGAAAAAGCGUGUAUUAGUCCCAAGCCUCAAAAACCAUGGGAUAAAGAUGCAUGGGAAAUUCCACGGGAAUCGAUUAAAUUAGUAAAGAAACUUGGAGCUGGUCAGUUUGGAGAAGUCUGGAUGGGUUACUAUCAUAACAGUACGAAAGUGGCUGUGAAGACUCUGAAGCCUGGAACGAUGUCUGUGCAAGCCUUUCUGGAGGAAGCCAACCUCAUGAAAACACUUCAGCAUGAUAAGCUUGUUAGGCUUUAUGCUGUAGUGACCAAAGAAGAACCUAUUUAUAUUAUAACAGAAUUCAUGGCAAAAGGAAGCUUGCUGGAUUUUCUGAAGAGUGAUGAAGGAAGUAAAUUGUUGCUUCCAAAGCUAAUCGACUUCUCUGCUCAGAUUGCAGAAGGGAUGGCAUACAUAGAAAGAAAAAAUUAUAUCCACCGAGAUUUGAGAGCAGCCAAUGUUCUGGUUUCGGACUUACUGAUGUGCAAAAUUGCUGAUUUUGGACUAGCGAGAGUCAUCGAAGACAACGAAUAUACAGCAAGGGAAGGUGCAAAAUUCCCUAUUAAAUGGACAGCACCAGAGGCAAUUAACUAUGGAUCUUUCACUAUUAAAUCUGAUGUGUGGUCAUUUGGGAUUCUCCUGUAUGAAAUCGUUACAUAUGGAAAGAUUCCUUAUCCAGCAGUGAUUCCUUAUUCUGUGACAACAUGCCAUUCCACUGCUGCCUUCAAAAUACUUUUUUUUUUUCUACACACAUGUGCAGUAUUGGCUCAGGGAAACUUCACUCCUUCUUCCAAAGAGGAACUAAAAAUACAAAAGACGUUCCCAAAGUAUGAGCAAUUCAGAUGUGAUGGUUGCUCUUCAGCGUGGGUACCGAAUGCCACGCAUGGAUAACUGUCCAGCUGAGCUUUACGAUAUCAUGAAGACAUGCUGGAAAGACAAAGCUGAAGAAAGGCCAACAUUUGAUUAUCUACAGAGUGUGCUUGAUGACUUCUACACAGCAACAGAAGGGCAGUAUCAACAACAGCCAUAGAACAAAGAACACUUUUUCUAUUGACAUGGAUCAUUGGCACAGCCUAUUAUUUGGACAGACUGCUCAAACCAAUUACUUCAUGAAUUUGGAUGUCUUAACUGAGUGUGGAAGCUGAAAUGCUGAAGGAAAGAGUAAUUCUGCAGAGAAAUAAUGUUUUUAUUUGGUUAAAACAGUUCUUCUAAAGCUUGAAGUUCUCCUUAAAUGCCUUAUGUUUUGCAUCUGCAGAAACAUCCCAAAGCAAGCAGGCUUUUUGGGGUGGGGAGGGAGAAGGAAGGAAAGCAAUCGUGCAUGGGCACAGUUUGACAACACCAAGUCAUGCAAUACAUUACAAGGAGACCUUUAUAAAAGGGGCGAGAAGAUGCAUGAACAGCUGUUUUCAAAAGAAAAAGUCAUGAAGGAGAACUUACAUAUUUAAGACAUGGUGAUGUUCUUAAAUCAUCUUUUGUGAAAAUUAUUUUUAUAUCCUUGUUAUUUCACAUUAGUAUCUGGAGUACUGUCACCUCUUUUGUAAGACUUUCUAAACGGUGUCAUGGUUUCCUUUAAGGAAGGGUUAUGUAUGUAAUUCUUUACACUGAAGAUGAUUCUGUUUGUUUUACUGCUGUAUUACUCAUACUAAAUUUAAAAUCAUUUUCAAAGCAUCGCACAGCCAUCUCUGAUGCAGAAGUGCAAUAUGAACACACAUGACGGCAGAAGUGGCAGCACACCUAGCUCUGUGUUCAACCUUCAGUUUCCCACGAGGCCAAAGUCAUCACCUGAAGUCCAUGGGAAAGCACAGGAUUUUGAAGGAAGUUAAUAUGUUCAUUGCAGUCACUGAGACUCUUACCAGUGAAAGUAUUUUAAUCUUAAUUUUUAGUCGUCUGUGAUUAUUCAAGAAAAUUCCUUAUAUUUUUGCUGCUUUAAUCAACUAACCCCCAAUCUGUUUUACAGCUAAAACUAGCUCUAGCUAUCAAAAACAAUUUGUGGAAAUACGCAAUAUGAUAUCAAGUUACAUUGCAAUGACACUAUAGGUUUGUUGCUCAGUAUAUAAAUCUAAUUCAUAAAAGUGAACGCAGUUUGCUAAACUCUACAUAUUGAAUUGUUCUAUCAAAUUACUUACCAAAACAGCUGAGCUAGUGCAAUUGCAAUGUAACUACAGCAUAGAUUCCCCCCCCAAAGUGAUACUGGUUCUUACAUCUGAAACCCAGUCCAUCUUUGCCACCCCCUCAGCCCAAUUUUGUAGGCAAAUGGUACUUUGCAGAAGCUUAAAACCCUUUUGAUAAAGCUUCAGUGUGCCUGCAGUUGAAGUUCAGCAGCAUAAAUAUUCAUUGCUUUUCUUUUCCAUUGGCUUCCUUCAGUCAAACUGUGCAGUUUAAGCAGACUAUCAGAUAAAUAUGUAAAUAGUUUCUAUUGUAUGGUGAUUUUUAAUUUUAAUAAACACUUAAUCUGAA